AUCGUCAAGACGUGUCUCGGCAACAAGUGCGGCGAAAAAAAGAAAACAAAUAAAAAAAAUCCAGUUCUGAGAGAAAUACAAAAAAAAAGUAAAUAUUUACAAAAAGACACAAAACAAAGAAAUUCAUUUCGGGAUUAUCGCAUGGCAUAAAUGCGGUCAUUAUCUCACGGAAUCAUCAUCAGAACGGAGAUUAAUUGAGAAUUACAUAAUAACAGAAAAUAAAAAAUAUUCCGCAGAGCAACGAUAACAGAAUUUUUCAUUAUCAUGAUCACGAAUCGCUUCGCGGAGCGAUAGUCUGAAUUUGCGGGAACGACGUGCGAGACAUGCUAAUUAUGCACCAAAUUUGACCAAACAGACGUCAAAAGAAGACAAAAAAUAAACCAGAAGUGAUAAAAAAAAUAAUUUAAAUUUCAAAUAAAGACAAGCGAAAAAAAUGUUGGCGAUUUUAGUGGCAAUUACAGUCGUUUUGACGUCAUAUUGGCUCAUCGCGGCACUCAAAAGACCCAAAAAUUAUCCCCCAGGCCCUCAAUGGCUACCGAUAGUCGGCAACACGCCAUACGUUCGAAGUCUCGCCCGCAAAGUUGGAGGACAACAUUUAGCCUUCGAAGAAUUAUCAAAAUUGCACAAAAGUCCCGUUUUGGGACUAAAACUCGGCACAGAUUUAGUCGUCGUUGCGCUCACAUAUCCAAUCGUCAAGGAAGUUCACAACAAGGAAGAGUUCGAUGGACGUCCCGAUAACUUUUUCUUGCGAUUACGAACGAUGGGCACGCGCUUGGGAAUCACUUGCACUGACGGCGAACAUUGGGCAGAACAUCGAAAUUUCGUCGUUCGUCACUUGCGUCAACUCGGUUACGGACGUCAAACGAUGGAAAGUCACAUUCAAAAUCAACUAAAUGAGCUGUUGGCGCUUAUUAAAGACCUAAAUGGCGCAGAAAUUUGGCCUGGAAAGUUUUUGCCGCCAUCCGUGAUCAACGUUUUGUGGACCUUUACCACCGGAUCUAGAAUCUCUCGUAACGACAAACGUCUCGUUCGGUUGCUGGAACUGCUGAAUCGUCGCAGCAAAGUGUUUGACAUGUCGGGCGGCAUGUUAUCGCAAAUGCCGUGGAUGCGAUUUAUCGCGCCCGAAUACACGGGAUACAAUUUAAUCAAGGAAUUCAACAACGAACUGCACGAAUUUUUCAUGGAAACGAUCAGAAGUCAUCAGGAAACGUAUUCCGAGGACAAGGCAGGCGAUGAUUUGAUCUACGCUUACAUUCAGGAGAUGAAAGAGCGCGAACAUGACCGUGACUCGACAUUUACUGAAGUCCAAUUGACGAUGAUUAUCUUGGAUAUUUUCAUUGCGGGAUCGCAAACGACCUCAAUUACGAUCGAUUUGGCACUCAUGAUGAUGGUUGUUCGUCCCGACAUCCAAAAAAAGGUUUUUGCCGAGAUCCUUAACACAAUCGGGCAAGAAAAACUCCCAAAUAUCGGCGAUAAAACCGUUUUGCCGUACACGGAAGCCUUUUUGUUCGAAGUUCAGCGAUUUUUCCACAUUGUGCCAGUUAGCGGACCACGAAGAGCGUUACGUGAAACGACUUUGGGCGGAUAUCGCAUCCCCAAAAACACCACAAUUCUCAUGGGGCUUCGUACAGUUCACAUGGACAAGGAUUAUUGGGGCGAUCCGGAGGUUUUUAGACCCGAGAGAUUCCUCAAUGGCGACGGGCAACUCGUGAAAAAUGAGAGACUGAUGCCUUUUGGUCAGGGAAGGCGUCGUUGUUUGGGCGAUUCGUUGGCGCGUGCGUGCAUGUUCACGUUUUUGGUCGGAAUUUUACAGAAAUAUGAAAUUGUGCAGGCAGAGGGCAAGGAUCCGCCGUCGAUGGAUCUCCUGCCGGGCAUUACACUGUCCCCGAAACCGUAUUUGGUGCAAUUUAAGUCACGAGUUAAAUGAGUUUUUUUUUGUAUUUUUAUUUUUUAAUCAAUAUAGUGAAUUGAAAAUAUUGAAUUUUGAUGCUUUUUGAUGGCCAAUGUUACUUCAUGAGACUCUAUUACGAGGUCUUUUGAAGGGAU